CCGCCAUUUGAAAGCUGUAAAGAAAAAAUGAAGACCAGUUGAAAUGUUGCUUAGAAUUAGCAAUUCUUAGCAAUUCUAUUAAAUACUAAAAGUUAACUGCUUCUUUAAAGAAAAUUUCUUCUAUAAAAACUCAGUGUCAAUGGAAACCUUUUUCAUAAGCAAACUAAUAAAUGGUGGUUAUAUCAGGCUCCAGGUCUAAAAAUAGCAAUAUAUCCAUGUGCCUUUAUGGUGUGGCCCAGUAGCCCAGUUGCCCAAUGCCUUUAUCCAUGUGCUGAUUAGGUGGGUAUUGUGCAAGCCUCAUGCUUGAUGCUGUCUGGUAUUCCAGUGCAUAUCCCAUCAACCUGCACUAUUAUCAGCCCGGCUUCUGAUCCACUCCUGGAAUGUGAUUCCUCUGGUUCCUCAGCAUUGCGGCCUGCUACUAAGGGAACGGAGUAUCCAUGUGUCAGUGUGGAGAUAUGGCCGGAAUGCUUGAGUACGCCUUGUAUGGGAUGAUGAAAGAGAGGCAGGCACAUAGCAGGCAUUAUGGGUGUGGGCAGGUGAGAGGGGGCAGGCACAGUACAGGUAGUUGGAAAGGAGAAAGCUCAGCAAAGAGACAGAGAAACAACAGCUGGAUAGAGAACUGGCCAACAGUGAUUCCCCUAUUUGUACACUGACAAGAGCGUUUCGACGAAGGCUGUGUAUUGCUCAGCAGCACUGCUGUCUAUCGGCAGAUCAUGGACACUUCAGAUACUUGCUGUGAAGGGGAUACAUCCAGCUAUGACCACGAGGUGGAGCAUUAUGUGAGGGACAGGAGAUCCACAAAGAAAAGGGAAGAAUUUAUGAAAUCGGAAUCUGAGGAUUCUGGGGUUGAACUUCCACCACCUUCACCGCUUGGAUCAGAAAGCAGUUACAGUGCAGAAGAGCCUGAGAGUUUGGAGAACCCCCCUGAGCCAGAGAGUUUAAAAACCUUCACACAUGGGAAGGUAGAUGACCUUCCAGAUUUCACUCCAGAUCAGACUGAUCUCCCCCAGGCCUCUGCCUCCUCAGAGAAACCAGAGAGCUUUAGGGUGCUCACCCAUGGUGGGAUAGCAGAAUUAGAUGUGGAUGAGCAGCGGGAAACAGAUGCGUUUGACAUUCCCUGUAGGCUCGAACAGGCAGUCUUGAGAAGCAGAACACGGAGGGUCAGGCACAAAGAUCUGCACCAGAGCAGAGCUGGGUCACGUAGCCGCCAUUACCAUGGGUCAUUGAAGCAUACCCUCCAUAAUCGUGAAAGGAGUCCACCCCGGCCAGAACAGGUUAAAGAGAAAGAAGAUCCUUUGUCUCUCCCUGGUGAGGGCCUCAAGUACCUAGAAAGUCUGUGCAACAUGAUGGAACAGAUAGCUGAGCUCCAACAGAGGAAUCAAGCACUACAGCAAGAGAAGAGAGACGAAGAACACAGACUUCGUCACAGAAUGCCGAUAGAUUCAUGUAUAUGUGGAAGCACCACGUCUCUAAUGGUUCCAGCACAAGAUUCUACAGAUGGUGCAUUAACUGAUGAAAGACCUUGGGAGCCCAAACACUACCGGAAGAGAUCAAGUUCCCACACAGGAGUAUUAUGGAGUCUAGAGAGGAAUCCAGGUCGCAGUCUGGUAUCAGCAGAUAAAAGAGAUCCUCAUUUUAUUAGUGUCCCAAACCUGCAGGAAGAAGCCAGGCAAAACAGCGUGCCGAACCUUAAGGGAGAGGUUUCUCAGUGGCAUCGGCUCAAGGACCUGGUCUCCAAACUGGCACAGAAAGCUGCAGGGUCAGGCUCCAUGUCUGCCGACAAGCAAGGCACUUGCAGAUCUCAAGUAACUCUUGAUGGUUCCUCUAAGCACCCUCAAAGACUAAUCUUUCCAGGACUGGUGAUCAGGCCCCGCAAUCAAAGGUGACCAAUCCACUGAGCUGCAUCUUGUGAGGAAUAAACAUUCUGCCCAAAAUCAUCCGGCACUUGCACUUCACAGAGAGUCUCUCAGAGGGGAAACAGGAUAACACUGCAAUGUUCUCAGAGGAACCAGGAACAGCCCACGGAAUUCAGACUAAGUAUCAGCAUAAGUGUGGUGGUCUGAGAAACCUGGACGGAGCCGAAAUAUUGACACAGGGACAAGGAUGCAGGUCUGUGCAAUAAAUAGAUGACUCAAGGGAGCACUCAUGGGGUUCUGGGAAACCAGGACAGGCACAUGGAGGAACCAGGAAAUGUGUCUACACAUAUCUGAGGUUUGUGUAAAGCACUGUGGCAUGCUGGGAAUUGAGGCAGGGCUGCAGUAGAGGAAAUAAAAUAGAAGAUACACAGAAAGCAAAUAAGAUGGUAUCAUAACACCCAGGGGGAUGGAGAAAGUAGAUUGUUGCUCCCCCAUUAACCGGACAACCAAGGUCUCAGUGGAUCCAGGAUAAGAAAGUGAUGUCCCGACUAUCGAUAUGAUGUGUAAGGGACAGUGACAUCAAACUGUGUAACUCAACCAGAGACAUUACUGCGGUAGGAAGAAGGAUACUGAUAAGAAGAAAAGAGUCAGGUGCAAAUGUUUUGGCAGAAAUUUCAAUUAAUGCUGCUGCACAUAUAAGCCACUCUUACUUACUCCCAGUUACCAGCUCCCUGCAUCGAGAGGCACCUUAGCAGGCCAACAUACUACUUCCUGUCCAACAUGGCUGAAUUCAUGCUUGUACCAUAAAAAGUGUUAACGCUUGUAUGGAACUGCAAACUUGCUAAAUGUUGUACACAGCAGUCAGUAUUGAAUAUUUUGUUACCUAUGUAUGAAAUAUAUUAUGAAUUGGUUUAAUUGCAUUGCUUUAAAUUAUAAUAAACAAUAUUUGUUUUA